AUGGCCCGAGAUCCAGACGGUGCCAUUCCCUUCAACAGUUCCCGCACCCUGCUAGACGACAUCCCACCUGAGUACCACUGGGAGGGCACAUUUGCACAUGAUGAUUCUACGCCUCAUCUGGGACCCUUUUCUCGAGGCUAUUCCCCCAACCCGCAUAUCUCAGUGGGUAGCGUCAAACCAGGGCAACGCAUCAUUGAAGCAGUCAGGAUUCAUGGAAAUCUCGACCUUCCACGCGGCCAGAGGGCUUUCAUCGGUUUUCUGGAUAUUCCUUCUGAUUCAUAUAAUACUUCAUCCGCGUCUUCAGAUGUAAGGGAGGCUAUAACAGAGUUCGAUGGUGUGAUAAAUCGACACUCUGAGGGUAGUAUCCCAACCGAAGCGGCAAACAAUGAAUUUCGUUCGUUGAUGGAGAAGUAUGGCUUGCCUCCCACAACCCAUCGAAAUCCAUUCAUCCCAUGGCCUAUUCGCCGAUUGGAAGGACAGGGCACCUCCGGCUCCACCGCCGCGCAGAGAGGACCCCACCGUGUUGUCGCACUUUCCGAUAGCGAGAUGAUGGCUCCAGGAGAAGGUUGGACGACCCGAGGCGUAAUGAGGAUUGCAGAUCGGAGUAUUCAGAACCCACGCUGGACCAGUUGUGAUAUCCAUUUCGAGAGCAGAAGAGAGUUGCUGGUAUGCCGUCCAGGGUAUGUUACGACGUUCAGACACCUGGAAUGUUUCUCGCUGGCAGCUUGA